CACUGAUAAGGUUUGAUUACCCCUAGUUUAGGAAGGGAUAACCAAGACAAUCAGAAAGUUGUUGACUUACGAAAGAUGAUUGAAAAUGCAGGUCCCGUUAUGCAAACGAUUUUGGGAACUUUAUUCACAUGGGGAAUGACAGCGCUUGGGGCAGGUCUUGUAUUUGUCUUCAGAAGUGGCCAGAGGAAACUUCUUGAUGGCAGCCUUGGUUUUGCAGCUGGGGUUAUGACUGCAGCCUCCUAUUGGUCCUUAUUAGCACCAGCAAUAGAGAUGGCAGAAAGUUCAGGGCUUUAUGGUGCCAGAGGAGAAUGGGCUUUUCUACCAGUUGCUUUUGGAUUCGCAUUAGGUGCAGCAUUUGUAUAUGGUGCUGAUCUUCUGCUUCCACAUCUGGGAGGAAGUGCAAUGAAUCUAGCCCUUAGUCUAGAAGCAGGACUCAAAGAAGAGGAUGAGAGCAUUCAUGUUGACCUGUCAGUGGAUGGAGAUCACUUAGAUGGCGUAAACAGUCGCAGCACUGGAGAAAGAGAAAUAGGCCUCAAAAGGCGGGGUGUUUCCAGUAUAGCACCUAACAGUCAGUCUACUCAUCAGUCUUCUCAGCCAUCAUUUUCAUCCUCUCCGUCAAAGUCACACACAGAAACUAGCAAGCAGGCCAGCUGGCGACGAAUUCUCCUGUUGAUAAUUGCAAUUACUAUUCACAACAUUCCAGAAGGAUUAGCAGUAGGGGUAGGCUUUGGGGCCAUUGGAAAAACAAAGGCAGCCACAUUUGAAUCAGCCAGAAAUUUAGCAAUUGGCAUUGGAAUCCAAAAUUUUCCUGAAGGUUUGGCUGUUAGUCUUCCACUGUGUGGUUCUGGCAUGUCAAUAUUAAAAAGUUUUUGGUACGGUCAGCUCAGUGGAAUGGUGGAACCAAUUGCUGGACUUCUUGGUGCUGUCGCAGUAGUAAUUGCUGAGCCGCUUUUACCAUAUGCCCUGGCUUUUGCAGCGGGUGCUAUGAUCUAUGUUGUUGUUGAUGAUAUCAUUCCAGAGGCACAGAUGUGCGGAAACGGGAAGCUGGCCUCGUGGGGAGCAGUCCUGGGGUUCGUCGUCAUGAUGUCCCUGGAUGUAGGUCUGGGAUAGCCACACGGCACCGGCACCAGUUACUAACAGCAGCUCUAGCUCAAAGAUCAGGGACCAGUAAUGGAAUAUUUACUUGUAUAAUCCUGCUGUGUUUGUGUGAUUGAAAAUGAUUAAUGUUUCUGCGGGGUGGUCCCUUGAGCACAACAGAGACCAAACUGUUUUUAGUGGGUUACAUGAGAGGGAGCGUGUAGCUUAUUUUCUUGUAUGGGUUUCAUAUUAAUUUUAAUUAACAGUGGGUGCCUGUGCGAUCUUUUACAAAAUUACGAUGGCGUUAUUGCUUACAUAGCGCCAAGAAAUCUUAUUUGAAGAGAGAGAUUAGACUUGCUCAGGGCAGCAUUUGCAGCUUUGUGAUGUCCCCCCCCCCCGCUCUUUUUUCACGAUUUCAAGACCAAGUGUAGCCUUCUCGUAGAGUGGCCAAGUGCUGUUUGUGCAAAUUUAAUUCAUUCCGUAUGCAUGAUUUCGAAAGAAGAAAAAGAACUCCACACAAGUGCUGAAAUACACA